CCCACUGUGAGAGCUCACGAUGACAUCAAGAGCAACGUCCAGCGAUUGGUCAGGAAAGAGCCUUGGAGUGGUAGGUGUGGAACACUGUUUAUAAGCCCUUUGCUGUGUUUCAACCCUGCAUCACCUCUCCUGGUCUGCACAGUGAGGUUGUGCACACAGGCAGCAUUUGCACAGUUCACUGCCUUCAUUCGUGGGGAUUCACCACCAGCAUGACUCAGUGAAGGUCAGAUUGUACUUCAUGAGCUGUCCGCAGGUGACUGAAGAAGCCAGCAAGGGAAGUUGAGCAGGCUGCUACACGUGAGCUUCAGAUUCCGGCCAGCGAUGUACAACAGCAAUUUCUCACGUCCUGCAUUUGGACUGGAGGUCAAGGACAUUCAGAAGUCCAACGGCAAAAGCUGUGGCUACUACCUAAGGAUCAUCUUCUUCUUUUCCUCGCUGAUCCAGUCUCUCAUCAUUGUCAGCUUGGUGCUCUUCCUGGUGUACGGCCAACCGGAGCAGUCCGUGGAGGGCAAGAGGGUGCAGGACCUGGAGCACAGUUUGAAACAGGUGAACUCAGAGAACCAAGUUCUGAAGCAGCAGGAAAAGAACUUUACUGAGGUGCUGGAGAAAAAGAAUGCCGAGAAAAAUCAGUGUGAACUAGAUAAAAAGAAAGCUGAACUCAGAUGUUCUGUUCCAGUCAAAUGUCCCAGUCAGGUUCCAGUAAUCAACCCUGCAACAAUUGCUAUGAAGACCUUGGAGAGUAAGAAGCAGCAGCUGGAAACUACAUUGAAACAGGUGGAGAGCAACUUCACCCGAACAACUCAAGAGCUCAAGAGCAAGAUGGAGGACACCACCAAGACUCUUGACAGGUUACAGCUGGAGAAGCAAAAUGCGGAGGAGCAGCUGAGAACAUACACUAAACUCUGCAAGGAGGAUUUCACCACACCCCUGAAGGGUAUACAGGACGUCACCAGAGCAUUUCUAACAAAGAUCGACAACUUGUUUUUACCCACUACUUUCCCCCUGAGCUGUGAAAAUCAGCAGAAGCAAAUAGAAAAAGUCCGCUCAAGCUGCACAAACCUCUCGAAAGACAUCGAGGAGAAGUUCCAGAAUUACCUGGACAACGUGGGAGAAAAAGUCACCAACAUCCAGGACGAGCGCAGCAAGCUGAUGGCGGAGAACGCACAGCUGGCUGAGAGUGUCAAACAGUGUCCCCAGAAGCGCGUGGGUAGGGCAGUGCCACCCGACACCCCGCCCCAGGACAAUGGCACAGAAAGAAAGGAAGGGUGGCAGAAUCCUGAAAACCAGGAGGUCCUGCUGGAAGAGAAGGACAACAUGCUCAACAUGUCAAAGAGAAACAUCAUGGGCCCUGGAUGGACUCCAAGUGACUUCCAGGUAAACAAUUACAAACAUGUAAACAAGUAUGGGAGAUUCAAGACCGCAGAGUACUGAAAAGAGGAAAGAAUUAAGGAAAUAAGUACUAUGUUUGUAUUUACACAUUUUAACAAUCUUGCACUGUACUC